AUGACUAGAAAGACCAACCCACUAUAUAUAUCAUCAAGAAACACACUACAACAUGUCCUUAAUCUAUAUGACAAUUUUUUAUUUGACUGCGAUGGGGUAAUUUGGCUAGGCGAAGCUUUAAUCCCUGGAGCUGCUGAAUUCAUUCAAUUACUAGUCGAUAAUAACAAGGGAUUUGCAUUUGUUACUAACAACUCCUCGAAUUCACGUAAUACAUAUUUACGAAAAUUUGCCAAAUUAGGUAUUCCCAAUAUCACUAAGGAUUUGUUAUACCCAACUUGUUAUUCAGCUGCUUUGGAAGUGCGAGAUCAGUUGAAAGUGCCAUUGGGGUCGAAAAUAUGGGUAUUAGGAGAUCAUGGUAUCGAAGAGGAAUUACAAGAAAUGGGGUAUACUACAUUAGGUUGUAAUGAUCCAAAGUUGGACCAUUUGGAUUUAGAUAGCUGUAUCUUGGAAGUUGAUCCUGAUGUAAAGGCCGUCGUUGUUGGGUCCACAAAGGAAUUCAAUUAUAUGAGAAUUUCCCUGACUUUACAAUACUUGUUGCACAAUGACAAGAGUAUUCCUUUCAUUGGAUGCAAUAUUGAUCGUACUUACCCAGGACCCCAUGGAUUAACUUUGCCCGCCGGUGGUAGCGUGGUUAAUUAUAUGGCAUAUACUGCCGAUAGAGAUUUCAUCAAUGUUGGUAAACCAAGUACUCAGUUUUUGGAUAUAAUAUUACAAGAUAAACAAUUUGAUAGAGACAAAACUUUAAUGAUUGGUGAUACUUUGUAUACUGAUAUUAAAUCUGGUAAUGACGGGAAUUUGGGUGAUGGACGUGGUAGUUUAUUGGUCCUUUCUGGUGGAACUAAGUUGAAAGAUUUGCAAAAGGUGAUUGAUGGGGCAAAUGGUAGUGGUGAACACGAUUUAGUGCCUCUGUAUUACAUUGAAUCCAUAGGACAUUUAGCUAAGUUGAUAGAGCCGUAG